GUUUUAUAAAAAAAAAAAAAAGUAAUUGCUGCUCUCAACUCUUCCCGGGAAAAUAACGAGCCGGCGUUGUUUUUCAUCUUCACCAUGGCCACUUGUAGCAGGAAAUCGGCCGCCAAAGUUAAUUUAUUGGGUAAGCGAAAGCCGGAGGAAAAAUUCAAACCGAUUCUGAAGAAACAUAAGGAAAAAUUCGAGCAUAAGGAAGCUGCCGUAACAAAAAAGAAGCUCUUUGUUGACAAUCUCUCUCCCGAAAUUAAAAUGUCAAAUAUCAUCGAUUUCUUCAAAAAUGUUGGAAGAGUUGUUCGUGUUCAGCUUAUUUUAGACCUCAAGAAUAAGCUCGCGGGCUCUGGCUUUGUUGAGUUUGCUUCUGCUAACGAAGCAGAGAAGGCGCUGGAAGAGAAGAACGGUGAAUUUUUGCUCAAUCGCAAGAUUUUUAUUGAAGCACCUAAGACUGCUCCACGACCCAAGUAUUGCAUAGAUCACAAGGUUUGGUAUGAAGACUACCUUCGACAAGAAAGCCUUCCCAUUGAUGAUGAUGAGACACCUCACGAUUUUGUUGAGCAAGUACUCUUUGUUACCAAUCUCUCUCCCCAAACUAAAAUAUCAGAUAUCAUGCAUUUCUUCAAAAACGUUGGAGAAGUUGUUAGUGUUCGACUUAUUGUAAACCAUGUGGGCAAGCAUGUGGGCUAUGGCUUUGUUGAGUUUGCUUCUGCUAACAUAGCAAAGAUGGCUCUGGAAGAGAUGCAUGGUGAAUAUUUGCUUGAUCAUAUGAUUUUUCUUCAUGUGGCUAAGGCAGCUCCAUACCCUCCACGACCCAAGUACAACCUUGCAGAGAUGCUUUGUUACGAGGACUACCUUCGACGUGGAAGCCUUCUGAUAGAAGAAGAAGAAGAUGUGUCAGUGGAAGGACCUGAUGAAAGUCCUAAGCCUUUUGUUGAGGCAGUUGCCAUAAGAAAAAAGACGCUAUUUAUUGCCAAUCUCUGUCACAAAACUAAACCAUCACACAUUAUCAAUUUCUUCAAAGAUGUUGGAGAAGUUGUUCAUAUUCGACUUAUUGUAGACCAUAAGGGCAAGCUUGUGGGCUAUGGCUUUGUUGUGUUUGCUUCUGCUAACGAAGCAAAGAAGGCACUAGAAAAGAAGAACGGUGAAUAUUUGCACGAUCGCAAGAUUUCUCUUGGAGAGGCUACGAUAGCUCCAUACCCUACACCAAAGUAUUGCAUAGAUCACAAGGUUUGGAACGAAGACUACCUUCGACGAGAAAAGCUUCUGGCGGAAGAAGAUGAGGCAGUGGAAGGACUUGAUAAAACUCCUGUUUUUGUUGAGGACCUUGGGGUAAGGAAAAAGACGCUCUUUGUUGCCAAUCUCUAUCACAAAACUAGACUAUCACAUAUCAUCAGUUUCUUCAAAGAUGUUGGAGAAGUUGUUUGUGUUCGACUUAUUGUAGACCACAUGAGUGAGCGUUUGGGCUGUGGCUUUGUUGAGUUUGCUUCUUCUUACGAAGCAAAGAAGGCGCUAGAAACGAAGAUUAGUAAAGCAUUAAUGGGUCAAUUUAUUUUUCUUGACGUGGCUGAGAUACCUCUAUGCCCUCUCCGACCCAAGUACAACCUUGCAGAGAAGCUUUGGUACGAAGACUACCUUAACCAAGAAAGCCUAGACGAUGAUUUGGAGACCAAACCAAAUCUGAAGAAGGUACCUUUGAUGGGCCUUUUCUGCGGUAAGAAGGUUACCAUCUCUGACGAUGGCGACGAAGAUGGAGAUCUUUAUUGAUCUUAACUUAUGAUACACUGCAACCUCUUUUUAUUGCUUCGACUUUCUUAUGUUCUAGUGUAAGUUGUUGUCUAAACGUUCGUAAAAUAUGUUUUAACUUAUUGAGUGUUUUGGUGUUAGUAAGAGCCUUAUUGGACUGAUUUGUAUGACAAAACCAUAAUCUCCCGAGCGACAAAAAUUACCUUUUCUCAUAUUUA